AUGAAUGGUGACGGCGGAAGCACGACGACGUCGCAAAUCGAAAUGAACACGGCGAUCGAGGAGGAGGCGCCGAGAAGAUGGCCGAAUUGGUGGCGCCGGCGGUGGGCGACCGCCGAGUCCGUUCUGUUGGCCAUGUUUAGUGAGGUUCGGAGGGAAACGUUGAAAAAAGGCGACUUUUUCUGUUUUCCGUAAAAUAUUACCUGAAAAUUCACGACGAAAAUUGAAUUUUCGCUUUUCGCAAAUUUUCCGUUUUUUUUUCCAGAUCGCAAUGACAUUCUACGUGCUCAUUCACUGGCUUCUCGCGGGCGGAGCGCAAAUUUUGUACGGCAACUAUGGUAACCGACACUAGACGCAAAAAUGCACACAAUCGGGCGUACCGUACCCCUUUCCAGAUAGUAGCGCCUUCGUCUGUUUCCUCUAUUUCAUGGCCACUCUUCUCGCGUUCCUUUCGAUCAUGUCCAAUAUCAGUACACUCCUUGUUCCCCUGUUCGUGUACUGUGUCAGUGAAAAAGUAGCAUUGGAGACCACGAGAAGUACACGGCGGGUGGAGUGAUUUUUGAUUUCGUUUCGGUUUCCUUGAGGCCAAAGGCACAAAAAUGUCGAAUUUCAGACCGAAUUCAAAAAAUCGAUAUCCGCGUGUUCCUCUCGUGGUCUCCUUAACUUUUUUCUGGAAAAUUUACCGAAAACAGUUUUUUUUUUUCAAUUCUAGGGCACAAGCGGCUUCACUCUGUUAUUUCUCUUCCACCUGUCGAUUCUGAAUGUUCCGGGAGCCCGUGGUCUGUUCGAAACAGUGUGCAAGGACGACGCCAUCUCGAUGUUCUGCGACGCGGUGAAACAGAACGACGUGGUGACGGCGGUCAAGUGCUAUUCGCUAAUUUUGCUCUGCAUGUUAACCUGCGUCACCAUCUUUUUCCAGGUGGACCGGAACGAGGAAUAUGUGCGUGCUGCUGCAAGUUUUUUUUUCCGAUAAUAAUAGGGUUUUGGUCAGCUUUGGUCCAGUUUUCAUCAAUUUUGAAUAGAAAAAUCGCAAAUAGAGAAUCGAAUUCAAAAAUGAGUUUAGGCCCGUCGGCAGCAUCUGCUUCCGCGCGUCCCCUGGGUAUAUCCUCCAUUGGCGCAAAGGGAAACCCCGGUCGGAGCCAUAAAUGUCGAUGAGCCGCCCAGAUAUUCGGUAUAAUCUGAAAAAAAAAACAACCAUUUUUUGUUCAAUAACUCGUAUUUUUUGCAGACCUUGGAACCGCUGGAAUCGUCGAAACAGGCGGCUCCGAAUACCACAGCGCCCGCCUCGACGAUGACCUCUCCGCCCCGAUACAGUUACUGGGAGCGGACGUUCGGCGCGCGCAGAUCUCCGCAAGUUUCGACGGCGAUCGAGCCGGAAUCGAACAACAAUGCCUAG